AUUAUCAGCAAGUGACCUCCUUCAUGGUUCUCGAGCCAACCCGCUUCUCUUCUUUCUUACAUCUCGCGCAUCUAUUCUUGUCCCUACUCGAUUGUAAACUUCACUUUACACUUCGAUGUCCCAAGCCUGAAGUCGCAGCCUCGUCUACCCUAGCUGUCCAUGCCGCCCGAAUCACCAGAAAUGGCGUAUGCCUAUCGAUCGGGAUCAGAGCUUACACCAGGGCCAACUCCACGGAAAGUACCAGGAAGCCCAAGAACCAUGAACUACAUACACCAGGAAUCGUCCAGUUCAAUCACGCUCAGUGAGGACAACUCUGUGGAUGGUAACACACCAAGCACUGCACCAUCUACUACAACAGGCAUCUCGGUAGCCCCGUCCCGUCCAGACGUCAAGAUCAAAUACUCGCUCGAGGUAUACGAUCCAAACACACGGGAAUCGCUGUCGCUCAAUCAAAAUGACGAACCUUUUGAAUUCCCUACCAGCUCUGGCGAGGUCAGCGGUACCCAGGUUGCUACUUCAGACCCUCCUGCAAUCUUUGAGAUCGUCACAGCUGCCACUGGUUAUGACAGACGAAAGCGCAAGGGAGACGAUUUCUUCGAGAUGAUGGGUAUGGGGAAUGAUGACAUGUCGACGGUCCAGCUCGAUGAGCCAUUGAAACUGGAGCACAUCAAGAUCAAUAGGUUGAACGAGACAAGGAUGGAAAUUCAUUCUUCGUUGCUAAUUGAGGCUAUCAAAGAAGUUGUCGACUACUAUCCCAACCAAAAUCUGAUGGGCGAUGUCUUGAUCAUCCAUAAACCGUACUGGGUUCUGAUUCACCACGAGAAGGAAUUGAAAGAGAAUCUCGCAAACCUUCUCGAAGAAGCCAAAGAUCCUGCAGUCGAGGAAGUGGAAACGAUUACAAAGAAAGCCGAUCAUCUCAAAGUGAUGCUAGAUUUCGUUCAACCCGAGAUAGAUCGAUUGGUUCCUGCCAUUGAGCGCCGACUCCAAAAAAAAAUCCCUACCAUCACCUUCGACUCGCUUUGGUAUCUUCUCAAGCCUGGAACGUUUGCUUAUUGCCAAUUCGACAACGAAUGGAUUGGCUGUGUCAUCAUGCGAGUGAAGGGAAAGGUCGGCAAAACUUCCGAGAUCUCUAGAUGGAAUGUACUUGUCUGGUUCCUUGACUACAAGCAUGAUCUUUCUCGAGCAUACACUGAGUCGAAAGAUGAAAAGAAGCACGUCAUUCAUCGAUUCGAAGGAGAGCAAGAUGUCAUGUCGCUCAAGGUGAUCCCGAGAGAGUUGUGGGAUGCUGUCGAUGGUGGCGCGAGACGAGCACAAUUCGAGGCUCGAGGUCUUCGGAAGAUACAGUUAUUGUCAUGUGGACACAAGCAAGUGAAUUACAAGGGAGAGUCGCUCGAGACUAAGAAACGAAUGGUAAGAGUUCUUCUAGCUGGAUCGCCAGGAUGGUUGAAUGCUGAAUUGCCCCUAGUACCACAACAGACUUAUCCUCGAUGACUGUCAAGGUCUUGACACGUAUGAUAUGCCCAAUACCCUGUGGAAAUGGAGUAUCAACGAAGACCUUAAAGAUGACUCGUGGAUGAAUUCACAUGGCGACCCUA